AUGCUUUCUCGCCCAUUGACCGCAUGCCCGACCCUGCGAGCGGUGACUUCUCGUCCUUUGCGCUUCAUGGCCACGCCUUACCUGCGUACUUAUGCGACUGCGCCGAACACUCCUCAAGUGCCUCCUUUGCUAGCCAAAUUUCGCACUGAUCUGAAGGAUGCUAUGCGUGCGAAAGACACGACGCGGCUGAACGUCUUACGAGCUCUCCUCGCGGAGGUCACCAAUGCGGCCAAGACUUCAAAUCCCUAUAAGACCGACAUUCAGCUCCUCUCUCUAUUACGCAAGAGAGCCGCGGCAUCCAAGGCAGCUGCCCAGGAUUUCCUCGAGGCUAAUAGAGCUGAUCUGAAAGAAAAAGAGGAUGCACAGAUAGCUAUCCUGGAGAGCUAUGCUGGCGGAAUCCAGACUGUUGGUGAGGAGGAGAUUCGAGCCGCCGUAAACCAAGUUAUCGAAAAGCUCAAGGAAGAAGGAGCUCGAACCGAUAUGGGAAGCGUAUUGAAGCGACUAGUUGGUCCCGGGGGCGAGCUCGACGGGAAACCAGUGGAGAAGGCGGAAGUAGCCAAAAUUGUAAAGGGCACGUUAGCCUGA